CGGAGCAGCAGCAGUCAGGGCGGGGCUUGACUAUAAAAUCAGAGUCUCACUUAUUCCUGAACUCUGAACAUUCCUGUCUCUCCUGUGCCAACACUCGUCCAGCUCUGCACGGAGGGCAGGAAGUCCAAAAAGUGACGACAGGAAAAUUCCAUGAUAUUUUCUUCAGUUUUCAACAUAUUUAGCUAACUUCCGAGUUAAAACAACAGAAUCUGCAUUGUCAGACCAAAUACACUCCAGCAACCAUGCCUUCAGAACUAGAGACAGCUAUGGAGUCCCUUAUCAAGGUGUUCCACAGAUACGCCUCUAAAGAAGGGCGCAGCGGCACUCUGAGCCGACGAGAGCUCAGAGAGCUGAUGGAAAAUGAGCUGUCAAACUUCCUCAAGUCUCAGAAGGACCCUGCUGCUGUGGACCAAAUCAUGAAGGACCUGGACACAAACGGGGAUGGCCAGGUGGACUUUGAAGAGUUUGUUUCUCUGGUUGUUGGACUUUCCGUUGCCUGUGAGCAGUGCUAUCAGAUGCAUAUGAAGAAAAUGGCAAAGAAGUGAAAAGCAACAACAGAAGCUGGGAGGAGAAAAAAGUGAUAAGCAUUUCAAUUUUUGUAAUUCCACCAAUUAAAUCAACUGAAGAAUUUCAAAA